AUGCAGCAGCUCAACUCAUCAAACAGCUCGCUCACCACUCCUGUCUCAACUGAAAACCUGAUUGGGAGUAGUGUGCUGUCAGUUUGCUUCAUACUGGGAGUCCCUGCUAACAUAGCAGUAAUGGUACGUCUUGCUGGAUGGCUGAAGGGAGACAGUUUCACCCCGAGACUGAUGCUAAGCCUGGCCGUAUCAGAUCUGCUCACUCUGCUUUCUCUGCCAGUUUGGAUUUGGGCUCUUCUGCAUGGCUGGGUCUUUGGCUUGGUCCUGUGUAAGCUUCUCUCCUAUUUGGUGUACUUAAGCCUGUACUGCAGCAUGCUGUGUGUGAUUUUGAUGAGUGUACAGCGAUACAUGCAAGUGCUACAUCCUCAGAAAUGGAACAAGCUUGGCAGAAAAGGAAAGAAGAUCCUUGUGAGUGGGAUUUGGAUUCUAAGUGGAGUAUUAUCGUCCUAUGCUCUUGUACAACGCACUCCAACCUUGGACAGGGAAGGACACCUUCAGUGCAGACUACACUAUCGUAAUGAUGUUGAAAGAGUGGCUACUUUAAUCUGGGAGAUUAUAAUAUUUGUGGUUUCAUUCCCCAUAGUGCUUUAUUUCUACUUUCACCUUUACCGGGGAGUUAAUAACUCAGCUUUCUUUAGCAGUAACUUAAUGACAAAGCUGGUGACAAGAAUUGUGGCAUGUUUCUUUAUUUUUUGGAUUCCAUUUCACAUCAACAACACUGUGCUCAUCAUUGCUGUGUUGCUUGGGAAUGACAGUAUGUUAAGAUCUGCAGAAGCUAGAGAUAAUAUUACUGCAGCUCUGACUUUCAUAAAUAGUUGUGUGAACCCCUUCCUGUAUGCUUUCUCUGCUCGGGCUGUACAGCAGCACACAACUGGAACAGAGAAUACUUCAUGAUGUAGAGGUUUGAGAGGGUUUAUGGAUUUUCCAAGAAAGCCAGUGAUUUGUUAAAGCUUAUAAAUAUGGAUGUAAACCCACUUCUGCUUAUUCCUGAAGAUUAUUUUUAAUUGUCUUUUUUUUUGUCUCUUUAAGUAUUUUGUUUGCAGAUGGAACAAAGGAAACAAAACUAAGGAAUAAGUCAUACUGUCACAUGACAAUAUCUCUCAUGAUGAAAGCUGUUCAUCAGAUGAUUUGAGAUAAUAUCAAUGACCUGAAACAGUUUUAUAAGAAGUGAAUGGUCUGUAGU